UCCGCCCGGGCCCGGCCCGGCCCGGCCCGAACAUGCGCUGAGGCUCCGCGCUGCCGCCGCUUCACACCAUGCGAGGUGGCUGCGGCUGGUGCCCGCCCCGGGGAAUAGCAGCAGCAACACCAGCAACACCACCAUCACCACCGCUUCUCGGCCCCGGCCUCCCUUCCCACAGCUUCUGGAGCCGGGAACGCUCUCGGUGACGCCUCCAUGGACUCCCGCGCAGCCCACAGCGGGAGCGGCGGAGCCCGGUCAUCUCCAUUGGACCUCAACACAGCACUGCAGGAGUGUAUGGCAGCUCUGGAUUUAUUCCUUAAUAACAAAUUCUCAGAUGCUUUGGCUUCUUUACAAGCAAAGACUAAAGAUAGCAUGUAUCAUGCCCUGACUUAUGCCACCAUACUGGAGAUGCAGGCUAUGAUGACAUUUGAUCCUCAGGACAUCCUGAAUGCAGGAAAUACAAUGAAGGAAGCUCAGGCCACCUGUCAAAAAUUUAGGAAGAAAUCUACAGUAGCUGAUUCUAUCAACAGCCUUGUGCAUAGGCAAGGCCUUGAACACUUCACUGAAGAGGAAAUCCAUGCAGAAAUUUGCUAUGCUGAAUGCUUACUUCAGAGAGCAGCACUCACCUUCCUUCAGGAUGAGAAUAUGGUUAGCUUCAUAAAAGGAGGCAUCAAAGUCCGAAACAGUUACCAAACAUACAGGGAGCUGGACAGCCUUAUACAAUCUCCACAUUAUGUCAAGGGAGAGAACCAUCUGCAUUUUGAGGGAGGUGUAAAACUUGGAGUUGGGGCAUUUAAUCUGACAUUGUCCAUGUUUCCUGCACGGAUUCUGAGGUUACUGGAGUUUGUGGGAUUCUCUGGGAACAAGGAGCACGGUCUGCUGCAGCUUCAAGAAGGAGCAUCAUCAUACAGCUUUAGGUCGGUGCUGUGUACCAUGCUGUUGCUUUGCUAUCAUACUUUCAUGACCUUUGUGUUAGGGACAGGAAAAGGAAAUGUUGAGGAGGCAGAAAGACUACUUAAGCCUUACUUAGCUCGCUAUCCAAAGGGAGCCAUAUUCCUGUUUUUUGCAGGCAGGAUAGAAACACUGAAGGGUAACAUUGAUGCGGCAGUUCAUAGGUAUGAAGAAUGUUGUGAGGCUCAGCAGUACUGGAAGCAGUUUCACCACAUGUGUUACUGGGAGCUGAUGUGGUGCUUCACCUACAAGCGGCAGUGGAAGAUGGCUUUCUUCUAUGCAGACCUGCUGAGCAAAGAAAACACUUGGUCAAAGGCUACUUACAUUUACAUGAAAGCUGCUUAUCUCAGUAUGUUUGGACCAGAAGACUGCAGUCCUUUUGGAGAUAAUGAAGUUGAAUUAUUUAGGAUUGUUCCCAGUUUGAAACUGAAAAUUGCAGGGAAGUCACUGCCUACAGAAAAGUUUGCAAUUCGGAAAGCUCGGCGAUACCUUUCCUCAAACCCCAUUCCUCUGCCUGUUCCACCUUUGGAAAUGAUGUAUAUCUGGAAUGGCUAUGCUGUAAUUGGGAAGUGUCCCAACUUAACAGAAGGCAUGUUAGAGACUCUAAUUGAAGCAGAAGAAGCAUUGGCAAGAAGUUCAGCUACAGAAUUACUAGCAGAUGACCAGUGUGUGAUAAAACUGUUAAAGGGUUUAUGCCUCAAACAUUUGGGCAAGAUCUCAGAAGCAGAAGACCAUUUUAAUUACAUCUAUUUGAAUGAGAAGAAGAUAAAAUAUGACCAUUAUCUAAUUCCAAAUGCCUUGCUGGAGCUGGCCAUACUGUAUCUAGACCAGGACAGAAGAGAAGAAGCAGUAAAACUACUGGAAAAAGCAAAACAAAACUACAAGAAUUACUCCAUGGAAACAAGAACACAUUUCAGAAUUCAAGCUGCCCUGCACCAAGCCAAAUCCACCCCAGAAAAUGGAAUGCACUCUGGAGCCUCAGCAGUGUAGUAACUUUUUCUUCUUUGAUGUCCUGUUUGUUACAAACUUUGAUGCAGAAGAUACUGACAGUAUAGAAUUGUUUUUCCUUCUCUUUCAAGUCAGUAAGAAACCAAAUAAUUUACAAUUUUGAAGUUGAGGCAUAAAACGCCAACCUCAUGUAAUAACAUGGCAAAAAACCUCUCAAACCAACCAUAACCCUGAAAAAUACUGGUUUUCCAGCAGUGGCUUUUUGAAUACUUACAUCUGUGUAAUUCAUUUUUCUAUCACAUGUGCCUUUUUUUCUUGUGUUUGCAACAUUUACUUAGCAAGCUCCCAACAUAACAGGGAAUGACUGAAAAAAACCCAACAAUCUACAAGACUUUAAAGACCCCUGGAUUUAAUCUCAGCUAUAAAAGUUUGUUUGAAUUCAUACUGCUAGAAGUUGAGAAGGAAGCAAAACUUUUUCCAAGUACCUAUUUAGCUGAAAUGGUGUGAGAAAAUCCCAGUGCACAAGAAACAGAACAAGGAGGAGCUCUGGAUCUUGGGCAUUUCCAGUUGUGGAUAGAAAGAUUUGUGCUUCUGUAAGAAAAUGGCUGGUGAUGAAAAUGCAGAUAUCUUGACUUUCUGUUUCAAUUUGGUUUUCAUGUCAAGUUUGUUGCUCAGAGCAGCUGAAGGAUUCACCAAGGAGCUGAUGGGCAGGAUAGUGACUGUAAAACUGCAUCACUUCUUUGACAAGUUUAAAAAUGAGAGUUCCUUAGGAAGCUUUUUCAUCAGAACAGAUUUGAAGUUUGAGUCAGAUUUAAAGCACAAGUCCUGGAAGGUCAUUUAAGAAACAGCAAUAUUGCUGUGGCUGCACAGCAGUAGUUACUGUGACAGUCUUAAAACAGUUGUUCUUAGGUUUGCCUAACUUGAGAUGUUGAUGUUUAAAGGGAUUG